AUGCGCACCUUCAAGACUCGAUCUGAAAAAAACAUCGAGUUUGUUGACUUUCUCAACGAACGGCAAAUCAACAUAGCCAUCACCGAGACUCACUUGAAGCCCGAGCUGAACGUCUUCCUUCCCGACUUUCAGCUCGUAAGGCUUGACCGCACCAGCUCCGGAGGAGGGGGAGUGGUCAUCGCUACGAGACGGAACAUCAGCUGGCGGCUACUACCAAGCUUCCAGCUGAAAACUAUCGAAGCCAUCGGAGUUGAGGAACUGAGCUCGGACCACUAUCCGGUGGUGGCCGAAGUAGGUUCCUCGGCCAAUAGUUUUCAAGUUUCCCGUGGAAUUUACCAUCCUGUCAACUGGCUGCUACCAGCGCUGUGUGGACACAGCAAUCGACUACGACGUCCUACCGGAGUCGUUCGAAGAAGUCGAUCGGUGUCUGCAAGCCAUCGAAGAGACGAUAUCCCGUGCCAGGGAGCAACACGUACCAGCAUCCAGACAGAAACACGGAAGUUCUACCAGAAGCUCAACGCAUCCCGCAACGGCUUCGUGCUGCAAGCUGAAAUGUGCAAGGAUAAGGACGGGCAGCACUUCGAGGCGCACCUGAAUGGCGAGGAGGACGUAGGCACGGGAGACCAGCGCAAUGGAGGAAACGACUACGUCAGCUUCCGAGGGCUGUUGAUUGCUAUCAAUGCUGGUCACAAGACUUUCAGCCACAACGCAAAUGGAGUGUACUACGAACCGGAAUGCAUGAGCAAUUUGGAUGGAUUGGAUCAUGCAGUGGUGGCGGUUGUAUACGGAAAACUCAAAAGAGAAGAUUACUGGCUAAUCAAGAACUCCUGGUCCAACUACUGGGGCAACGAUGUAUAUGCUUUGAUGGUGAUGAAAGCUCAUCACCAUCAAAGCAUAUACAUCGUUGCCCCUAGUAGUUGA